GACGCUCUGAAUAUAGCAACGGCUAGCGGGUUGCCCCAUAUUUUCUCCGUUUUUUAUUCUUUGCUGUCCGACUGAACCAGAAUAUAUGGUCGCAGAAUUAGCAGGCGCCAAUGACCGUCUGUGUGGGACAGCGACAACUUUCAUGUAGUUACCAUUCGUGAAUAAUAUUCAGAUGGAGGUAGCAGAUAGUCCUCUAAAUCUUGCCCACCAGCAAUGCAGGAAGGCAGAUCGUUUGCUGGCAGCUGGGAAGUAUGAGGAAGCUAUCUCCUGUCAUGGGAAGGCUGCAGACAUGCUGAGGGAUGCCAUGAUGCUGACAGAGUGUGAGCAGGCACGUUUGUCCAUGGAGCUGCAGAGAGACAGCCAUGUGAAGCAGCAGAGGCUGAUUGAGGAGCGCUGGAAGAGAGCCAGACGAGAGGCCAAGCCCCGGGACAAGCUUCACAGCCAGUCCUCCACAGACCACCCACAGGUCAAGGGCCAACUCCAAGCCCAGGCUCAGCCCGGCCUGCCUGGCCUCUCUCCCCCUGGUCCGGGUCAGCGCCCGGAGAGGGAGUACGACACCUGGCUGUACCUGCUCCAGAACCGGGGCUCCCCUCCGCCCCUCGCCCCCUGCCAGGGCUCCAAAGCCACCAAGGACGAUAAGACGCGUCUGGAGGAGCAGCAGACCACCAUCGCCAACCUGCGGCGCCUGGUGGACCACCUGGUAGGGGAGAAUGAGAAGCUGACGCAGGAGAGCGAGAGGCUGCGCGGCGAGAACACCCGGCUGAGGCGCGACGCCGACGGGGCCGACACAGACUUUGUGGAACGCUCGGAGCUGUGGAUGCUGCCGGGGGCAGGAGGGGGUCAGGACAGGAAGGCCAAAGAAAUUGCCAUCCCCCAGCUCCCGCCUCUGGAGAUGCCUGCUCAGGACAUCGCUCUGGAGGACCUGCCCGCCCUGGAGCUUCCUGAGGACAUCCAACGCGAGCUGCGGGAGCUGAUGGAGCGGGACAAGCUGUGACAGGACAGAGACACCCUGACACACAGGUGGAAACACACACACACACACAGGUACAAGCCGUCUGCAUCCACACGGACAUACUCGCAUACACGCACCCAUCCACUUUCAGAUCAGCUCGCUCUCUUGGUGAGAGCAUGGAAUUGGGUGGUGGCCAGCCUGAAACUUUGAGCAAAAUAAUCUGUGCCUUUGAACCUUUCUCUAGUCAUCCUAAAGUCACUGCAUCAAUGGGAGAUAGACUAAAGAGAUGUGAGGUGGAAAUGCUAAAGGGACAAGACUGUUGCUGAAAUCUAUCUGCAGUGGCCUCCUGACUGGCUGGUAGACUGACUGACUGAACUGAAUAGGAGUUCCUCUUCUCUCUCUCUCUCUCUCUCUCUCUCUCUCUCUCUCUCUCUCUCUCUCUCUCUCUCUCUCUCUCUCUGUCUGUCUGUCUGUCCUCUGUCUUGCUCAGUGAAUCCUUCAUCUUCUACAGUGUGAUGUGUCCAUCCUUUCAUUCAUGGACUCUGGUCUCUUUGAUAGGUGUGUGUGUUAUGACAGGUUCUUUUGUGUGUUUAUUGCUUACGUGUUGGUUGUAUUUCAUGUGUUGCUCUUUCUGUGAGGGGAUAAGUGUGAGGUCCUCUGACACCAUCUGAUCCUAUGCAGUGAAGAUGGGUACAGGAGUCUUUGUGGUUGUCUGUCAUGACUCAUGGCACACCUGCAGUUUCCACUGCCCUCCUCCUGACUACUUCACACCUCCUUCUCCCCCACCUACCACCUCACUCAAUUUAUGACCUGGAUGGGAGCUUGAAUGAGAAUU